AUGGAUGCUACCAAUGAGUCUUCAGAGGGAGCCCCAUUCAUCCUGCUGGGACUGACAACAAGUCCUGAACAGCAGCGGCCUCUCUUUGGGUUAUUCUUGGUCCUGUACGUAGCAGGCAUCCUGGGUAAUGGACUCAUCGUGGCUGCCAUACGGGCCAGUCCAGCCCUUCGUGCACCCAUGUACUUCCUGCUGGCCCAUCUGUCCUUUGCUGACCUCUGCUUUACCUCCGUCACUGUACCCAAGAUGUUGGCCAACUUGUUGGCCCACGACCGCUCCAUCUCCGUGGCUGGCUGUCUGAUCCAGAUGUACUUCUUCUUUGCCCUGGGUGUAACCGAUAGCUGUCUCCUGGCCGCCAUGGCCUAUGACCGCUAUGUGGCCAUCCGCCACCCCCUCCCCUAUGCCACAAGGAUGUCCCGGGCCGUGUGCAAAACCCUGGUGGGGACUGCAUGGCUGGUGUCCCACGUCCACUCCCUCCUGCAUAUCCUGCUUAUGGCCCGCCUGUCCUUCUGUGCCUCCCACCAUGUGCCCCACUUCUUCUGUGACCACCAGCCUCUCUUAAGGCUCUCGUGCUCUGACACCCGCCACAUCCAGCUGCUCAUCUUCACUGAGGGUGCCGCGGUGGUGGUCACUCCCUUCCUGCUCAUCCUUGCCUCCUACGGGGCCAUCGCAGCUGCGGUGCUCUGGCUGCCGUCAGCCUCUGGGAGGCUCCGGGCUGUGUCCACCUGUGGCUCCCACCUGGCAGUGGUGAGCCUCUUCUAUGGGACAGUCAUUGCAGUGUACUUCCAGCCCACAUCUCGGUAUGAGGCAGAGCGGGGCCGUGUGGCCACUGUCAUGUACACCGUAGUCACCCCCAUGCUAAACCCUGUGAUCUAUAGCCUCCGGAACCGUGACGUGCAGGGGGCGCUCCGAGCCCUCUUCACCGGACGGAGGAUCUCAGCUGGCGACUCCUAA